GGGGGAGCGACGUGUCGCCGUGCCAGGCCGCGCCGCCCGGCGCCGCAGGUCAUCAAAGUAGCACUGAGAGUUAUAAAAUCAAGCAGUUUUCCGCAUGAUGCAACUGGAAGAGAUAUGACGACUGUCUGCGUGAGAUCUUGGAGUAUUUUCACUCAGCUUCUAUCAAGUGGUGAUCUUAUGCAAUGGCAUCAAGCCACAGUUCUUCACCAGUGCCUCAGUCAAAAAGCAGUGAUGCUUUCUUUAAAAAGGAAAUGGAUGCAUCAAAACGCUUUCGACCUGUACAGUCACUGCCUGAUGUAUGUCCCAAGGAGCCUACAGGCGAUCCCAGUAACAUAUGUGAUAGCCCGUCUCUAGUUGCGGAUCAACAUAGAUGGACUAUUUAUCAUUCCAAAGUCAAUCUCCCAGCAGCUCUGAAUGAUCCUAGGUUAGCAAAAAGGGAAUCUGAUUUCUUUACAAAAACAUGGGGAGUGGACUUUGUGGACACUGAAGUCACGCCUUCAUUCUACCUCCCACAGAUCACCAAGGAACAUUUUGCAUUAUACCAACAGGAAAUCACUCCGAGAGAGAAGAUUCAUGAAAAAUGCAAGAAUAUUUGUCCUCCUAAAGAUACCUUCGACAGGACUCUAAUACACACCCAUGAUAAAUCCAGGACAGAUCUGGAACAAGUACCUAAGAUUUUUAUGAAACCAGAUUUUGCCUUGGAAGAUUCCAUAACAUUUAAUGCAGUUUUACCGUGGUCUCAUUUUAAUACCGCUGGAGGAAAAGGAAAUCGUGAUGCAGCUUCUUCUAAGUUGCUUCAAGAAAAGCUGAGCCAUUAUCUGGAUAUUGUGGAAGUCAAUAUUGCACAUCAAAUUUCUCUGCGCUCGGAAGCAUUUUUUCAUGCAAUGACCUCUCAGCAUGAGUUGCAGGACUACCUCAGGAAAACCUCCCAGGCUGUAAAAUUACUUCGAGAGAAAAUCUCCAAAAUUGAUAAAGUAAUGUGUGAAGGAUCGCUUCGAAUUUUAAGACUAUCACUCACUAGAAAUAACUGUAUAAAAGCAUACAAUAAACUGAAGUUAAUGGCUACUGUACACCAGACACAGCCCACAGUGCAGUUACUACUCUCCACUUCUGAGUUUGUUGGAGCGUUGGACUUAAUAGCAACAACACAGGAGGUGUUGCAGCAAGAGCUUCAAGGCAUUCAUAGUUUCCGGCAUCUUGGCUCACAGCUUUGUGAAUUGGAAAAGCUGAUAGAUAAAAUGAUGAUUGCAGAGUUUUCAACAUACGCUCGCAAUGAUUUAAAUAGACCCCUAGAAGAUGAUUGCCAAAUUCUAGAAGAGGAGAGACUUGUAUCACUAGUAUUUGGACUUUUAAAACAAAGAAAGCUAAAUUUUUAUGAGAUAUAUGGAGAUGAAAUGAUUAUUACUGCAAAGAACAUAAUUAAACAGUGUGUGGUUAAUACGGUAUCACAGAUAGAAGAAAUAGAUACAGAAGUGGUUGUUAAACUUGCAGACCAGAUGAGGAUGAUGAAUUUUCCUCAGUGGUUUGAUUUACUAAAGAAUAUUUUUUCUAAGUUUACCAUCUUCCUCAAGAGAAUUAAGGCAACGGUAAAUACUAUCCGUAGCGUGGUUCUUUUGGUUCUAGACAAGAACCAAAAAACCAGAGACCUGGAGGACACAUUACAAAAGGACCCUGCUAAAGACAGUACAGCGGACACAGAAGUAGCUUAUCUGACUCAUGAAGGCAUGUUUAUAAGUGAUGCAUUCAGCGAAGGGGACCUCCUGCCUGUAGCAGCUGACACUACCUCUCAAAGAAACAUAUCCCCAAACAGUGAGCCUUGUAGCAGUGAUUCAGUCUCUGAACCAGAAUGCACUACCGACUCUUCAUCCAGCAAAGAGCAAACGUCAUCUCCUGUUACUCCAGGAGGAGUGGAGAUUAUGAUGAGUGAUGACGUGAAACUGACAGACCUAGAACUGGGCAGGCUGACAAACAACAUUCAAGAAUUGCUUUAUAAUGCCUCCGAUAUCUGCCACGAUCGUUCAGCCAAGUUCCUCAUGGCGAGAGCGAAGGAUGGCUUCCUAGAGAAGCUGAAUUCCAGCGAGUUUGUUGCACUUUCUCGAUUGAUGGAAGGCUUUAUCUUAGACACUGAGCAGAUCUGUGGCAGAAGAAGUAUGUCCUUACGAGGAGCGCUUCAGAGUCAAGCCAGUAGAUUUGUGUAUAGAUUCCAUGAGGAGAGGAGGACGAAACUAAGUCUUCUCUUGGACAAUGAGCGCUGGAAGCAAGCUGAAGUUCCUGCCGAGUUUCAGGAUCUUGUCGAUUCUAUAUCAGAUGGCAGAAUUUCUCUCCCUGAAAAAAAAGCAGCAGCUGCUGAAGAAAGAAAGCCAGCUGAAUUCCUCGUUGUAGAAGGACAAAAAUACGCAACUGUUGGGACAGUAUUGCUGUUAAUAAGAAUAAUCCUUGAGUACUGCCAGUGUGUGGAUAACAUUCCCUCCAUCACCACUGAUAUGCUUACCCGACUGUCUGAUUUACUGAAGUAUUUCAACUCUAGAAGUUGCCAACUAGUGCUUGGAGCUGGUGCAUUGCAAGUUGUUGGUUUGAAAACAAUCACUACGAAAAAUCUAGCUCUUUCUUCACGUUGCCUACAGCUAAUCGUACACUACAUUCCUAUUAUCAGGGCUCAUUUUGAAGCUCGACUGCAGCCAAAACAGUUCAGCAUGCUCAGGCGUUUUGACCACAUUACGAAGGAUUAUCAUGACCACAUAGCUGAAAUUUCAGCAAAGCUCGUAGCCAUAAUGGAUAGCUUAUUUGACAAACUAUUAUCCAAGUACGAAGUGAAAGCUCCUGUUCCUUCAGCAUGCUUCAGGAAUAUCUGUAAGCAAAUGGCAAAGAUGCAUGAAGCUAUAUAUGAUCUCCUUCCUGAGGAACAAACUCAAAUGUUGUUUUUGAGAAUUAAUGCAAGCUACAAACUUCAUUUGAAGAGGCAGCUAGCCCACCUAAAUGUAGUCAAUGAUGGAGGACCUCAGAAUGGACUGGUGAUGGCAGAUGUAGCCUUUUACACUGGGAACCUUCAAGCUCUGAAAGGCCUUAACAACUUAGACCUAAACAUGGCUGAAAUUUGGGAGCAGAAGAGGUGAUAAUCCACCGGAGCAGGCGUUUGGCCCUGACAACAGACCAACUUUCUUCUUAGGAGCUUGAUGACUGUGAGGUGAAUACUUAAGAACAGAGUCUGAGAAAGGGCGCUAUUGAUAGUUGGAGAAACUAGAUUCAGUGAGCUGCAGGGAGUGAUCUUUUCAGUGUCCUUCAGCAAGAAAGAAGUGAUCAGCUGUCUGUGCAAUGUUUUUCAUUCUCUCUGGAAACAGACUCAGGUUUCUUUGGACCAAAUCCAAAAAAACACAUAGCUGUAACACAGCUGUAGUUGUCUAGAAUGCUCUGUAUAUCUUUAUAUUAAAAAGAUGCUUUGCAUUUCUUCUAGUGCAAUGAAAUUCACAUGGUGUCCCACCUUAUUUAAUGAUGGUACAAUAUAAAAAUCUUGCAGUUGAAUGCUGUAGAAAAUGUUUUUCUCUAUGACACUAUGCUGUUCUAAAAAUUAUUUUUAUACGGAACUUUAUAUAAAUAAAUGUCUUUUUGAUUGCUUGCAUUUAGGAUUCAGAUUUGUUAGGGAGCAGUCCUGUUUCAGGGUAUUUCUCACAGCUGGGCUCUAAACUGCCAUCUGAAGACACAAUUUUCUAAUAAUUGUCUGUUUGCUUAAGCCAUUAUCUAGCCCCACAAUAGACUUUAGAGAUUAUAAUCAUUAGUAAAGAUAACAGUGGGCUUUCUGUGGAAUUUUAAGGUAGUAAAAAGGCUGGUGUACAGAGCGCUUCUUCCAGCUUCCAACAUAAUGAUUAGGCUCUGCCACUUAUAACUAGGGUAGGUACUUCACAGUAACUUUUUCAGUACUUUGCCAAUUCCUCCACAAUGGUAAAGACUCAAAACAGUGUAUAUAAAGACAGACAGAAGGAGGGCAGAGCAAAGGGCACAGAAAUCAUUUUGAAGUUUUUAGGCUGCUGUACACAAUGUUAAAAAAAGUUACACUACAGAGAAAGGUGCAACUGAAAUUAAUUUAUUUAAGAGUUUUUAAUGCUACCUUUUAAGACUGGAAGCUGCCAGUACUAAGUAAAAGUGCCUGUGUAUUUCACCUCCCACUCAUUACCUAACCUAGUCCGAGUGCCUAACCCUGUGAUGAUUAUGUACAAGGGAACGGUCUACAGUGCGUGUGCCUACGAGUUCUUCAGGCAGGCAUGCUUAUCUGGUAACACAACAGCUGUCGUUAAAUUGUCCGUCACAAUAAAGCUAUAAAAAAAAA